GACUGUGCAGUCGCGCACUGAUGACGACACGUGGAGAGGAGGUUCGGGUUUGCCACGUCGGUCUCUGUGCAACGCAUUUACACUGUUGCUCCUCCAGCCCGGGGCUAACUUUUAGAGCCCUUUUGAGCUUAUAGUUGGACAGAAAGCGACCCUCCAGCCUCACCGGUGCCGUCGUAGCUCGUCACCGGAUCGGUGCAGCCACGGAUAUUGAAGCUGGAAGGCGGAGAUAUGCUCGGUGCUGUCUGGACUCGUCACACAACUGACUGAUGCAUCCUCGUUCAGUUCAGCCCCCCGCAUGUUGUCGAUGUUGUUGGCCUGGCUGCACACGGUGGCUUAUUGAGGAGAAGGGGAGGAGACCCGGUGACUUUUGGUUGGUGGGCGCCGCCCGUGGUUGCCACGGUAACUGGCGACCAUGCCAGGAGGUCGCAGGGGUCCCAGCAGACAGCAGCUAAGUCGCUCUGCUCUGCCGUCCCUGCAGACUCUGGUUGGAGGCAACCUCGGCAAUGGUACAGGCCUCAGGAACAGGAGCAGUACCUCAGUGGGUCUGUCUGCCCCACCGAUCUCAGCCCUCAUUACUCCAGAGCCGGUCCGUCAUUCGAAGAUCCCCGAGCUGCCGUUGGACAGCAGUCUGCUGUUCGAGUUCCUGCUCUUUCUGUACUUGCUGGUGGCCUUGUUCGUCCAGUACAUCAACAUCUACCGGACGGUGUGGUGGUACCCAUACAGCCACCCUGCUGCCUCUACCUCGCUUAACUUCCAUCUAAUGGACUAUCACCUGGCUAUCUUCAUCACUGUCAUGUUGGCCAGGAGGCUUGUUUGGACAAUAGUUUCAGAGGUGUCUCAGAGCAGCGGCGGAUCUCUGCUCCGCUACGUGGUUCUGAUUGCAGCUCGGCUCAGCCUGCUCACCAUGUGUGGCUGGGUGCUCUGCUGGACGCUGGUCAACCUCUGCAAGAAUCAUUCUGUGCUCAACCUCCUCUUCCUGGGAUACCCGUUCGGUGUGUACGUCCCGCUCUGCUGUUUCCAUCAGGAGGGAGGAAAAAGCCAAGCGGCGUCGGCCGACUGCGAUUACCCGCCCGACCACCAGCACGCCGACCUGGCGGAGGCCCCGUUCUUUCGCCCGCGCGACUUCCUCUUCCUGUUACGAGAGAACCUCAGAGAGCAGUUUUCCAGCCCCCCGCACAUGCCCACGCACACCUGCCCGCCGCACACGCACUCGCACACCCCCGAGCUGAUCCGAGCGGAGGUGGAGGAGCUGAAGAGCGACUUCAACCGGCGGAUCAAGGAAGUGCUGUUCAACUCGCUGUUCAGCGCUUACUACGUAGCCUUUCUGCCGCUCUGCUUCGUUAAGAGCACCCAGUACUAUGACAUGCGCUGGUCAUGUGAGCAUCUGAUCAUGGUGUGGAUCAAUGCCUUCGUGAUGCUGAUGAGCCAGCUUCUGCCCCCCAGCUACUGCGACCUGCUCCAUCGCUCGGCGGCUCACUUGGGCCGCUGGCAGAAACUAGAGCACGGCUCAUACAGUAACGCACCUCAGCAUGUGUGGUCAGAAAGCACCAUUUGGCCUCAGGGGGUGUUGGUACGACACAGUCGAUGUCUAUAUAAAGCAGUAGGAGCCUAUAAUGUCGCUCUGCCCUCUGAUGUUUCCCAUGCAAGAUUUUAUUUCCUGUUCCACAAGCCAUUGCGGAUCCUGAACCUGCUGAUCUGGAUCGAGUCCAGUGUGGUUUUGUACCAGUUAUACUCUCUGUUGCGCUCCGAGCGCUGGAACCACACGUUGUCUCUGGGCCUUAUUCUCUUCUGCAACUACUAUGUCCUUUUUAAACUCCUCCGAGACCGCAUCGUGUUGGGCAAAGCCUAUUCCUACCCUCUGUCCUCCAACAGUUUGGGGCUCAAGUCGCAGUAAAAAAAAAUAAAAAAAAUAAAAUAAAAAUAAAAAAGAUGCGCACGAUGAGCCCUCACCUACAGACUCUAGAUGCGGAGUGCAGAUGUGCGGAGGACUGGUAAAGUGAAAAGAGUCUUGGAGGUUAAGGGACAAGACUGUGAACUCAUAAUUGUGUUUUGAUACGGUUCUAUUUUUUAAUGCAAUGUUUAUAUAUACCUAUUUAAAAGAAUAUUUUUAUUUUGUAUACUAUUUCGAGUUACACCGGGCAUUACCAUGCCGACGACAUUAGCAUUGUUGUGUUAUGUUGUUGCUAGGUGACAGGGAAGUCGGGGAAUGCCAGGGGGUGACUUUCACCAAAGAUAUUUUAAGUGCAGGUGGCCAAUCACAGAGCGCGCUCGGCCUCCCGUCAGUCAGAUGAGAAUGGAGCUGUGCCUGAGAUCCUGAAUCCUGAUUGUCUUAUUUGUCCUUUCACCUUAUCGAAUCUUAAAUCUGGAACCAUUUGCUGUGUGGAGGAGCAGGAGGAUUUCAUCAUUUCAGUAUUGGUGCGGCUUCUAGCGCGUUCUCUCAAAGGUGUGGUUCAUAAUUCUGGGGAAUAUUAUGUGUUUUGGGGCUGAGAGGCGUUUGGCUCAUUAACUUUAGUUUUGUUCUUGUGCUCAUUUCAAACUAAAACAGCAUUUAUGUUUCCAAAUUAUCAUGUUUAAUUUCCAGUUUUUGCUACAGCUCAAUCAAAUAACAUACACCACUUUAAUUACUGACCUUUACAGGUCCUGGAUUUAAUUAACUUUUUGUUUACACAGAUUUGGCUUUUGAGCUUUGAGCUUUUUUUCCCCCACGUUUUUGUCUUAAGGUAAGGGAAGUUAACCCAACUGCUGUUUGUAGUGGAAGUGGACGAUAUCAGAAAACUAAAUGUGAAGAGAAUUCCCCAAAAUGUUGAACCACUCCUUUGAGUUGAACCCCUGGUUUAUAUCUAUUGUUAUGCCCAAGUCCUAAAAGCUGACCUGACAUCAACACCCCAUCUUAGGUACGCCUAUCCCACUGCCUCUGUAGAGAAUGCUGCAUUUUUUCUCAUUCACCUUAUUUCUGUGUUUUUAUUAUAAUGUCGCUGGCUGUCUGGAGGGGCGGUUAGAGCGCCAGUCUUUACAAACAAGCCGCAGCUGACGCAUCUUUAAACCCAGUAAAGCAAAAUCUCUGCCUGGCCUGGUUGUGGUUGCUUAAGAAGUGUGAACUUUGAAAGUCUCCUGCUCGAAGCAUAAAGCCGGCCCUCCUGCAGACGUCUAACCACACUUUCACAAGCUGAAAUCUCGCUAUGAUCUACAGCCUAUUCCUCAUUUGUGCUCUUAAAGGUCAUCCAGUCUCUGUUUUAUGUUAUUCCUGAAUGUUUAAACCACAUCAGGUCAGUCCUUUUUUUUUUUUUUUUUUUUUUUGGGACUGGAUGCAGCUAACAAAGUGAAUGUGGUUGAUAAUAAAGUUUUCUGCUGAUACAUCCCAGGACCUAAUCCACUGCAAAUAUGUUGUUGUCGUUUAAAAUAACUUUUUUUUUUUUUUUAUCGGUGACUGACUCGAUCUGCUGGAGAGCUGGAGCUGGAGGUGGGUCACUAAUUACCAGUUCAUGUAUUCUCAGUUACCGAAACGGUAUUACAAACAGGUUGCCUCGCAUCUAGUUGCCUUUGUGCUCUUUGUGAACAUCUUCUCGUCCUUCGGUGGUUUUCUCUCUACAAGCCUGCUGUCCAUCCACAGGCUCUAAUGUGGAGUGGGUGUAUAAUUUAAGGCAGUAUUAAGUUUAAGGGCCUGAUUAACUGUCCAGCAUUCAGACAGAAAUCAGUACAACACUAACUGCAAAGCUGUUUUGUCUGAGAGAAUCAAAGGAUCAUGAUUUCCUGUGCUCUUCGCUCUUUUUUUUUCUUUUUUCUUUUUUUGCAUUCUCAAGUUUCAGGUUGAAUCAUGAUGUGAGGAAGGAAACUUCUUUGAGAUGAAGCUUUGUGUAAAUCUGCAGCACGCACGUCUGAGGGAGCGCUGAUUUUACUCAAGUGCCACACAUGUGCCAGUUUAUGUCUAUGAACCUAAAUCAGCUCUUUGGUGCUUUUGUUCUGACAUUUUGCCACUUGAAUGUCGAAUUUGCUAUUGAAUUGUGCUGAUAAUGUCAUACUCAGCUUGCCCAUAGCGCAAUAACAUAGAAAUGAGACAUUUUAAGUUCGCUUUAUUUCACUUCUUGCUUGAAUGAUACGUCUCUGCUCACAUAACACAAUCUCUUCGCUUUCUGCGGUUUUGUGAAAACCAGCACUUUUGCCUCUGAAGAGGAGACCCGACGUAUGAGAUUUUAACUGUUGAGCACGGUGCCCUGAAGUGAAUGUCAUCUUUCCCAAGAGAGGAUAAACUUAAAAAAAAAAGAUAAACCAUUUAACUAUAACAACAACGAUAACUAUAAAACAAUUUGCAGUUUUUGUUUGUUUUGUUUUUUGUUUUUUAAUGCGCCAAAAUCUCUGAAUCCCGUUUUCAAAGUCCUAGUUGUCGGUGCUGAAGAAGUCAUGGGAGCUGGUCCUCAUAUUUUGGCAUUUUACAGUGUUUCGGUUUCCCCGCUGCAUUUCAGAAUAUUCAUUUUGACAUCUGAAAUAAAACAAGUGGUGUUUAACCCGA